UCACGUGUUUUAAGUAUACUAGUCAAGAAUACGGAACGCGAUCCUGUGCCCCCAGUCAAGUUAAAAGAAGAUUAGAGAAUGAGGAAAAUGGAUACAAUGCCAGCAGCAGCAGUCUAUCAAAAAGGCCGUGUUCCUCCAGACAGCCUUUACAAGUCAUCAGUGAAUCCACAACCAAUCACAAUGAGCGAAUAUUACAAAUAUUGUCCCAACCAUUCAAAGUUCCCAUCCCUAACUACACUGGAGGUGCCAGGAGAGGGCUGGGCAUGAGGAGGUGUGGUCUAAAGACAGCCCUACAUGACCCGUUUGAAGAGAAUGCUUUGGUACUCUAUAGCCCACGGGAGGUAUCGGCACAGGAGCAACUGAAGACUGUCAGUUCUGAAGUUGAUGUUCACGUUGUUGUGGAUCCAGUAUUAUCUAAAGUCUUGAGGCCGCAUCAGAGAGAAGGUGUCAAGUUUAUGUGGGAUUGCGUAACAGGUCAGCGUAUCCAUGGUAACCACGGGUGCAUAAUGGCUGACGAGAUGGGCCUUGGUAAAACCCUCCAGUGUAUAACUUUAAUGUGGACACUACUGAAACAGAGCCCUAAAGGGACCCCUACCAUAGACAAGGCAAUCAUAGUGACACCUUCCAGUUUAGUAAAGAACUGGUACAAUGAGAUUGGUAAAUGGUUAAGCGGUCGACUCUCAGUGAUUACCAUUGACUCAGGGACCAAGGAAGAGAUUGACAGGAAGUUGGGUCAGUACAUCACUCAACAUGGGAGAGUAGUGAGUCCAGUCCUGAUUAUAAGUUAUGAGACCUUCAGACUACAUGCUCCUGUACUUCACAGUGGGAGCACUGGACUAAUAAUCUGUGAUGAGGGUCAUCGGUUGAAGAACUGUGAGAACCAGACCUAUACAGCACUGACACAGUUAAAGACACAAUGUCGGGUCCUCCUGUCAGGGACUCCAAUACAGAAUGACCUCCUGGAGUAUUUCAGUUUAUUACAUUUUGUGAAUACAGGAAUACUGGGCACCACUAGUGAGUUUAGACGUCAUUUUGAGGGGCCGAUAUUGCGUGGGCGGGAUGCAUCAGCUACUGAUAAAGCAGUUCAGUUGGGUCAAGAGAGGCUCCAGGAGUUAUCAUCGAUUGUUAAUAAAUGUAUCAUUAGGAGGACGGCAUCAAUACUCACUCACUAUCUUCCUGUUAAAUAUGAACUGAUAAUCUGUUGUCAGUUAACGUCAGUUCAGUGUCUCUUGUAUGAUAAGUUACUGGAGAGUUCCAGUACCAAACUGAUAUUGGAGGAAAAGAAUAAGAAACAAAGUUCAUCACUUGCAGCUGUGACAGCUUUGAAGAAACUAUGCAACCAUCCCUCAUUAAUUAAUAUUGGUGAGUUUGAUGAACCUGUUCAUUAUUCCAGUAGUAAGAGCAUUCAGCCGGAACACUCAGGUGGGUGUGGUCAGUUAUUAAUAGUUAUUAAUUCUCCUUCAGGUAAAAUGCUUGUAUUGGAUUAUUUAUUGGCUGUUACCAAGGCAACCACUAACGAUAAGAUUGUUCUUGUGUCGAAUUAUACUCAAACUUUAGAUUUGUUUGAAGACCUGUGUAGAUUACGGAAGUACCAGUUUGUUAGACUGGAUGGGUCAAUGUCAAUCAAAAAAAGAUCAAAAAUAGUUGAUAAAUUUAACGAUCCUAUGAGUUCUGAUUAUAUAUUCAUGUUGAGCAGUAAGGCUGGUGGGUGUGGUCUCAACCUCAUCGGAGCCAAUCGACUCAUAAUGUUUGAUCCUGACUGGAACCCAGCCAAUGAUGAUCAGGCCAUGGCUAGAGUGUGGAGAGAUGGGCAGAAGAAACAAGUUUUUAUAUACAGACUAUUAUCGACUGGCAGUAUAGAAGAGAAGAUAUUCCAGCGACAGGCUCACAAGAAGGCUUUGAGCAGCUGUGUGGUGGAUAAGGAGGAGGACACCGAGAGACACUUCUCACUGGAUGACUUAAAACAAUUAUUCAAACUGAACAAGGACACGCCCUCUGACACUCAUGACAAGUUAAAUUGUAAAAGAUGUUUAUUUAACAAACAGAUUAAGGAGCCUCCAACUGGCAGUGAUUGCUCCAGCGACCUCUCUCAUUGGAACCACUCCACUGAUAAGAAGAUCCUCCCUGAUUCAAUACUCAAAACUGCUUGGGAUCCAAGUCUCAUCAGUUUUGUGUUUCAUCAAAGAUCUCACGAAGCUCAGCGAUCGACAGUUUAAAUCAUCAUAAUUUAUUUAUUUUUAUUAACAUCAAAAUAAGUGAUAAAACAUUUAAUAUAAUAUAUAUAUGAACAUAAAUUGAGUAGUUAUUGUCCAUUAAAAGAUGCUUUAAUAUGCCAGUA